AUGUGCAUAUGUAAUGCUGCAUUAUUACUGGUUGAGAAAUUUAGCAAGGACGUCCUAAAAGCGUGCAAGCGGCAAUGUGUUUCUAGCGGAUCGUCAACACCAUCACAGUACCCCCUAUCAUCCGCGCGGGAAUCAGGAAGCCCGUCACCAGCCAGCAGUAUUCAAGAACCUUCCUCUCAAAUGCCAACUACUUCAGAAAUCAGUAAAAAUUGGCAGUUUGUUGAGACAUACAUGAAGCAAAUUGGCAACGACAAGAUGAAUUGGCAAACUUGUUAUACAGUUGGCCAACGUCAAGGUUAUCAUCAGAUCCAGAGGAAGCUACAGUCGUUGAAGUUGUGA